GGCUUCGGAGAGGCUUUCAGUCCGUCCGGCUCUGCGGACUCAAGGAGAGAAAGGAACAAGGAUUUUUCCUCAAUCUAAGUACAUUUGGGACCUUAAGAAAUUAAUAAAUACUUGUACACAGGUCCACAUCUGCCUCCCCAUGCAGAUCUCAAUGAAAUGAAUAAAGCACCACAGCCUAUAACAGGACACCCCUCUGCCCCCCACCCCGCUCCCUCCCCUGGUCUUUCACAGCACCCAUUUCCCCCUGGGCAGCCCCCCUCAGUUGUGUUUGCAGCCUCCGCACCCCAACAAAUGAACCCCACACCACAGCCCCGACAGUUUGCCCCUGGGCCCCGACCUUUACACCAACAGGGAAGCUUCAGGUCGCUGCAGCCCUACUACGCCAAUAGGGCCAGCCUGCCUCCCAGCAACGGGCCUCGGGGCGUCCCACCCAGCACAGCUCCUCGCCCUGUGACACCCACCCAUGUUUACCAGGCGGGCCCUGGCUCCCAAAUGAUGAUGAUCCCUCAGCAGCAACUGCCCUUUGCCAGUUCACAAGGACCUGCUUAUUUCAUACCUGGACAGUACCGGUCACCAACCUAUGUGGCCACACCUCAGCAGUACCCGGUCCCAGCAGGCACCCCCGGCUUCUACCCAGGCACCAGCCCUGCGGAAUAUGGUACUUAUGGUAAGAGGCUCUACCUGGGGCCUCCUGCACCACUCACCAUGGAUCGUGUUCUGUAA